AGUUUCCCAGAGAAAAUUUUGGAUGGGGAAAUCGGGAUAGAGAUGAAAGAACAGCAUGGAAAUGGAAGAGGACGUCAUCGUGGACCAAUCAUCACUCUCGAACGCCACUUGAUCGUGAUCGGUUGGCUGUCAGUGCUGCAAAAAAUUACACUCGGAAACCAGAAGAGACAACUUUUAGCAGUAGAAUCAUGGUUGAAAAGGAGGGGUAAGUUGAUGGAUUAAAACAAGUUGGGAGUCUCGUAAGAGUGGUGAUCGGAAGAUAAGAAGCAAUUUCCAGACUUGGACAUGAUGCUGUUGGCCAUCAAAUGACUACCCAGAAAAGUGCACUCAUUAGCCAUUGGAUUUUAUAAAGAAACCCAAAACUCCCCACCUUUCAACAGUAGUCUUCCUCCCAACCAAACACGACCCAAACCAACCCAACCUGUGUGUGUGCUUGUUCUUUCAUUUCCUGUUCUGAACUGUUUAUGCUUUUGGUUUUGGUCAUUUUAGGAAGGGCAAGGUGGGGUUCUAAAGUGCGCAUAAUGCGUAUAGUGGAGACUGAUGACCAUCUAUGUGGGAAGAGGGAGAUCGAGGGGUGCAGACUGGGGCACCCUGCGCAAUCUUUAAAGCACCACUGCAGAUUCCGCUAAGAACAGAGAGAAGCAGAGACAGUGAUAUAUAUCCCAUAGUAUCAAACCUUAAAUUUCGCUCUCUGAAACAUUGUCCUAUUUUCCCUCUUUGAAUCUCUCUCUGAAAAGCAGUAUUUAAAAAUCUCUCUCUGUCUCUCUUUCUCUCUCAUGGCAGAAAAUGCAGCUGAGUGUAUUGAAUUUCUCUGUGAUUUCAAAAGCUAUAAGUUGAAGCAAAGAAGGUACUCUUUCCAAAAGGCACGCUGUUAGCUCACUCACAGAGAGGAAAAGAUCGUUACUUUUUCUCUCUAGACCCUUAAAACCCCAUCAUCUGCUACCAAACCAGUUCGCGUUUGAUUGUACUUUGAAAUUCUCUAACAGUAUCGGUGACUUUUGUUGUACCACUCCACAUGGUGUGAGAUUUCCAUGCCGCCCGAUAUACGCCAGAUUUUGGACUAUCAGUGGCCGUUGCAAGUUUAAUCUUUUGAUUUGGAGUUUAGUAUUUCAUUUGAAGGGUUUUUGGCAUUGGGAGGUUCAUGGCUAUAUGGCGAAAUGGAGCGAGGUGUGUUGAAGCCUUCAAUACUGGUUUUGAUUGCUUAGUCCAGUGAAGAUUGUGUGAAAAAUCAGAGGUUAGGGUUUUGGGUGGUGAGGCAGUAGGAGGGGGAUGGGGGCAGAUCGUCUGCUGCUGCCUACAGUAGGGCCACCGAUAAAACCACGAGCUGGGUUGCGGAGGAAGCAGGCAGGAAGAGGCUCCUACAGGGGCAGCUAGGGCACGCAAGGUGCAGAGAAUUAGGGUUUCUUGAGGUUUAACUUAACCGGCUGGUGGGGGUGUGGUGUCAUUAGGGAGUGGUAGAGAAACAACUAAAGCAGAGUAGAUGAUGGGUACUCACCUGCACCAAACACUCAGAAGCCUCUGUUUCAAUACAGAGUGGAAGUAUGCUGUCUUUUGGAAACUCCAACAUCGCGCUCGGAUGAUGUUGACUUGGGAGGAUGCUUACUAUGAUAACCAUGAGCAACAUGAUUCUCUGGAGAUUAAACACUUCAGUGAAACAAUGGACAAGUUAAGCGAUGGAAAUUAUUUAAAUGAUCCUCUUGGGUUAGAGGUGGCAAAGAUGUCUUAUCUUGUUUAUUCUCUAGGAGAAGGGAUUGUUGGACAGGUGGCAGUUACUGGGCAACAUCAGUGGAUUUUUGCAGCUAAGCAUGCAGCCAACUGGUGCCCAUCUUUUGAGCCCAGCGAUGGGUGGCAAACUCAGUUUUCUGCUGGGAUUAGGACAAUUGUUGUCGUAGCUGUUGUUCCACAUGGAGUUGUACAACUUGGUUCUUUAAAUAAGGUGACUGAGGAUUUGAAGCUGGUGAACCACAUCAGAAAGAUGUUUUUCGCACUUCAAGAUUCCUCAGUGGGAUACAUUUCCAAUCCAAUACAAUGCUGUCUGAACAGCUCCUUUUUUGUGGCUGAUACAUCUACAAGAAGUUCAUCUCCAGAGGUUUUUCAUGAUUGCCUACUUAAUCUAGACAACGCUAUAAACAAAGAAAGGUCAACUGCUUGGUCUUCCAUGUUUCCAUAUAUUGGGAAGCAUGAUAAUGGUUCUUACAUAGUUCCACAGCCUGAUAUCUAUCAAGAAAAAGCAGUUGAUGUGAUCAAUAAGCAAGUUGGGUCAAGGGAUAAUGACAGUGCCCAAUUACUUCAACCAAGAUCUGAAAAUCUCAGGUUGGAGCAUCAAAAGCAGAUCAAACUGCUUAAUAGCAAGAAGUGUGAAGGAGAGACCAGUGGCUGCAGUGAUGCAGGUGUUGUUUCAGAACAGAAUUACACUCUAUAUCCAAGGAGUGUAUUCAGGGAGAAUAUUAAACCAUAUAAAUUGGUUGAUAGUCCAGGAUUAAAAUUUGCAGACUUCCCUUUGGACACCCAUUACUCUGAUAAUUGUGAUGAAGUUCAGUGUGAUCGUGUAGCUACACAUCAAAAUGUGGUGCUGCACACAGCAGACAGGCAACUACAAAAAGAGUUAGAGAAUAAGUUAGAAUUCCAGACAGAACUAAUUCCAAUGGACUCAUUGAGCAAAUUUUUAAAGUUCUCUGCAGGCUGUGAGCUGCACGAAGCCUUAGGAUCAACUUCCCUUAAACAUAGUAUGUUUUGCAACUGGGAAGUGGGGAAGAUUGAGCCAGAAACAAUCUCUGAGAUUCCAGAAGAGCUCAGCAGUAGCCAGUUAACUUCAGACUGUGGCUCAGAUAAUCUUCUGGAAGCAGUGGUAGCUAGUGCUUGCCCGAGUGUUUGUGAUAUUGAAAGUGAGAAAUCUUUUUGCCAAUCAAUGCAGUCUCUGUUGACAACUGAGAAAUUGCCCGAGCCUUCUAGCCAUCUUACACAUGCUGUUGGUUCAGUGGGCCAUUCAAUCGAUAAGCCUUCUCCUAUAGAAGAGGAUGAAAAACAAUGCUUGACCUCCUCAGAGGUUAGUGGUAUGAAGUCCAAAAAAGGGUUUUCUUCAACUUGUCCAAGUUCAUGUAGCGAACAGUUGGAGAAAUCUGCAGAACCAGUUAGGACCAGGAAGAGAGCUAGACCUGGUGAAAAUUGUAGGCCCAGGCCAAGGGAUAGACAAUUAAUUCAGGACCGUAUUAAAGAGCUGCGGGAGCUUGUGCCCAAUGGAUCGAAGUGUAGUAUUGAUUCACUGUUGGAACGCACAAUCAAGCACAUGCUUUUUCUACAAAGCAUCACCAAGCAUGCGACCAAGUUGAAGGAAUGUGCUGAAUCCAAGUUGCGUAACAAGGAUGCAAGCAUGCUAGGAUCCUCCACUUAUGAACAGGGCUCAAGCUGGGUGGUGGAGGUGGGAAACCACCCAAAAGUUUGUCCAAUAGUAGUAGAGAAUCUCAACGUGAGCGGGCAAAUGCUUGUAGAGAUGUUAUGUGAGGAAUGCAGCCAUGUUCUUGAGAUAGCAGAAGCCAUCAGAAGCUUGGGUUUGACAAUCUUGAAAGGUGUAACAGAAGCCCAAGGCAAGAAGACAUGGAUAUGUUUUGUGGUUGAGGGGCACAAUAAUAGAAGCAUUCAUAGGAUGGAUAUUUUGUGGUCUCUUGUCCAGAUAUUGCAACCCAAGACUAUAAACUAGCAGCUGUGGUUGGUGGUGAACUCUUGGAGACUGCCUUAUAUUAUUUUUCUUGAGCAUUUUGUGAUGCAUAGAUUGGAAUUUUUGGUCUUCUGCUUCCAAAAUCCAAAGGCAAUACAGCCAUGCGGAAGUUCCAACGUUGUUUGUAAAGAUUUCUGAUUUCAAGUGUGUGAAGGAUUUUUUUUUUGACAGUUUUCUCCUGUUCAAUAUUUGGUAUCAUUUGUUUGGAAGUAUGAGGUUUGAAAUAAUGCUUUAUGCAGUUCUUAAUGCCUAUUCUGCUUUUGUUUA